AUGUCUAGUGGAAGCGGUAGCGGAGUACCAUUCCUCGUGCAAGCUACUAUUGCUCGACAGAUUUCGCUGCAGGAGUGUAUCGGAAAGGGUCGGUAUGGAGAGGUGUGGCGUGGUAUUUAUCGGGGCGAAAACGUAGCAGUGAAGAUUUUUUCCAGUCGCGACGAGGCCAGCUGGGCUAGAGAAACACACAUCUAUAGCAGCGUUCUUCUCAGACACGAAAAUAUUCUCAGCUACUAUGCCAGCGAUAUAACCUCUCGAUACGGGUGUACGCAGCUGUGGAUUAUAUCCCAUUACCAUCCCUACGGUUCGCUGUACGACUUUCUGCAAGCACACGUGGUGGACACAAUCGCGGCACUUCGAUUGGCCAAAACAGCCGCAUCCGGUCUCUGCUACCUCCACUCCUACAUUCUCGGACUACAAGGAAAACCAGCAAUCGUCCACAGAGACAUCAAGUCAAAAAACAUUUUGGUUCAGGCAAACGGUACUUGCAGUAUUGGAGAUCUGGGACUAGCUGUAAUGCAAGCACCUGGUUCGACGGAAAUGGAUGUUGGUCAACCUAAUCACAUGGUUGGUACGAAAAGAUACAUGGCGCCUGAAAUACUGGCUGAUGACGGUCUUGAAGAAUGCCCUGAAUCUGGUGAAGGAUUCCUGCCACACGAUUUUGAGAUUUCAGCUUAUCUUCAGAGCAAAAAUCGAAUUAAUGAUACGUCACCGGUGCCUAAUACGCUCGGAUUCAGCUUUGAGGAAUUAAAAGCUGCUGAUGUCUACGCAUUUGGAUUGGUGCUUUGGGAAAUUUUUCGUCGAUGUCUAACUGAACGUGGUGAGGUUCAUCCUCCCCAUGUGCCAUACUGGGAUAAAGUGUCUGCUGAUCCGAGCUUUGCAGAAAUGCGCCGAGUGGUGCAUGUCGAGGGUGAACGCCCGCCUAUCUCCGAGCGCUGGCAGAGCUCAAAGGUGCUCAUCCGCUGUGCCAGUCUGAUGCAAGAAUGCUGGCACGCGAAACCCGAUGUCCGUUUGCCCAUAUUAAGAAUAAAAAAGACUCUCGAUGAGACAUUUUCGGAGGCGGUGAAGGAAAUUGGCGAAAGUGUAGUUCCAGAUCAAGUAAUUGUUAUAUCAGACCCGCGAACGCAAGCAGACAGCGGGAUUAAUAGUCGCAGCCAUGGCAGCACUUUCCAGUGUACCUCAGUCACGCCCUACUAUCAGACAGUCGCCAACGGCAGUAUCCGCAGCCCCAGGGAGGUGCUCGCCUUAGGGCGCAUUAUGCGAUGUCCUUCGGAAAUUCUAUUCAGCGAGGAGUCCUCCACUACGAAAAAACUGAAAGAAGGGGAGAAGAAGGUUGUGGCAACUGCAUCCAAUUUGCUCCGUCAGGAGGAAAGCCAGCUUCUGUAG